GGAAAUUUCAACUCCACCUUUCAGUUCCAUCUUUCCACUCCAUCUUGCAACUCUACAUUAAAACCACCAGGUUGUAUUGCUUAGGCCAUAGCAUCCGAAACCGGCUACACACGCGAACGGUUCACACAAAACCUGCUUAUAGGUAAGCCAUCUCUAAAGUUCUAAACUACAAUCUUAUUAGUACGCGCUAGAGGCUUUAAUCCAAUACCUGACAGAGUAACAGGUCUCACUUCCAUCAUCCAAUUCAGUCACUGAAAAAGAGCAUACAUUCACCGUCAUCCCACCAUAUUCAUUUCUCUCCAUUUACUUCUCCUCACUUAUUUCUCUACUUUUCUCCACUCUUCCCCACUUACUUCUCUCCACUCAUUUCUCUCCACUCAUUUCUCUCCACUAUCUGUUAUUUUCCAUGUCAAAGAUAGUCUCUCUAAGUUUGGGCCAAUCCCCCCAGCUCUCCACCGAGACCACAAUAAACAUGGUAUUCAUGCUCCUAUGCACGGUCCUCGUGAUGCUCAUGGUGUUCGGACUCUCACUCUUCUACUCGGGGCUCACGCAACGCAGGUCCGCACUCACAAUGCUCGCGCUCCCAUGGCUUAUAUUUCCAAUCAUUGCGGUGGAAUGGUUUGUCAUGGGCUACACGCUCCUGUACUCCACCAACAACAACCUGCACUUUAUUGGGAAUUUCUACUUUUCCUGCUUCCGUCACAUGGAAAACAGAUUCUUCAACCCCAAUAGCAACUCCGUGGCAGACGCGCUGUUUGGUGGAACGGUGCAUGCCUACAGCCACGCGCUCUUCACACUCCUCUUCAAGCUCACCACCGCGUCUGUUACGUUUCCAGUCGUGGCCGAGCGCGGCCGGCUCCUCCCGUUGGUGGUAUUUGUGAUCGUCUGGGCAAUUGUCAUCUACAACCCCGUGGUCUACUGGUAUUGGAACGCGAACGGCUGGUUGAAACGCCUCCAGGCGCUUGAUUUUGCGGGUGGUAAUCCGGUCCACACCAUGUCGGGGGUCGUAGCGUUCACCUAUUCGUACAUGCUCGGGCCGCGAGCCACGGACACGCUCACGCAUUACCGCAGCUCCAGCACCGGUUUUCUCACGAUUGGAACCAUUUUCUGCAUUAUCGGCUGGACGGGCUUUGUCGGUGGCUGCUCGUUCAACAUCUCCUUGCAGACACUCAUGCUGGUGAUCAACUUACUCAAUAGUGGGUGUGUAGCGGGUGCGACAUGGCUCACCAUCGACUAUAUUAUUAGUGGAAAGCUUUCGAUAGUGGGAUUCUGCUCGGGGCUUAUUUCAGGGCUUGUUGUGGUGACCCCUGCCGCGGGGUACAUCAACUUCUGGCUGAGCUUUAUUUUUGGCAUUCUCGGUGGGUUGGUCUGCAAUUUUGCCACCCGCAUCAAAUUCUGGAUGCGAAUCGAUGACACCCUCGACAUUUUUGCUAUCCACGGAGUUGGAGGCCUUUUGGGAAGCUUGCUCACCGGUAUCUUUGCCAGCAAACGCGUUGCGCGACUCAAUGGAGUGGCAGAUAUCGCCGGUGGUAUUGCGGGCGGCUGGAUCGACCGCCACUACCUCCAGCUCGCAUACCAGUUGGCGUCAUGUGCUGCCACCGUGGGCUAUGUAUUUUGCGUGACCUUUAUGGCGCUUUGGCUCAUUAACCGGGUCCCCGGAUUGUAUUUGCGGAUCAGCGUAAAACAGGAGGCACAGGGAACGGAUGAACUGUACUUUGGUGAGUAUAUCCAGGACUUUAUUGAGUUUCUCCGCGUGCUAUCCCCUGAUGACUACGAAACAGAGCCGAUGGGUUUACAACACGUGGAGCUAGGCCAGCAUGAGAGUGGGAGUAUCCAUACCCCUGCAGCGGGAGGCAUGGCGGGGUAUUUUGACCAGAUUCUGCCCCACACCGACGAGACGUUCAUGAUGACGGAGAUGAAGCCAAAUGAGCCUCUGUGAGGGACAAAAAUCUCGGGGUCCCUUGAUAAAUCUAUUUAGGCGAAUUUUGGUCACCAACGUUGUCACACAGUAUAUUCCUCUCUGGUUAGAUGGAAGCUGCCUUAACGAAAUAUGGGUUAUCCGAUCUGACUCGGAACAAAAGUCUUGGGUCGGAUAGAAACGCUGUAUAAGUAAUUUGAUAUACAGGAAUGGGACGGCUAAACUCAUAAGUCCACAGCCUUUGGUCGACCAACCGGGCGAACCACUAUUCAAAUGCUGUUUUACACUUAAAAUAGAACAUCUUCAGGCGCUUAAUAUAUUUCUACGAAGCUACAUUAUGGACUAAAGACCACCCCUAGUAGCUGAUGUGCAUCGCCGUACAAGUUUUCACUCCGAUUAAAUUAACCUAAGUCUUGA